AUGGCAGAUGUACCCGUUAUAGACUUCCAAGUAUAUGGACUCGAUGGAGCUACAGACAUUGUACCAACAGAUGGAGAUCUUAAAAAGGUUGCAGUGGAAAUGUACGAUGCACUAACAAAUGUGGGGUGUUUGUACAUUAAGAAUCACGGAAUAGCAUCUGACCUGAUGAAGAGACUUGAGGCAUCAGCCCUUCAAUUCUUUAGUUUGCCUUUAGAAGAAAAGUUGAAGGUCAAAGGAAAUGCGAUUAGCCAAGGAUACGUCCCUAUAGGUGUAGAAAGAGGGAGUUCAACUGAACCUGAUGUUAAAGAGUGCUACAUGUAUUUCCCUGCAAAUCUAGCACCAUGGCCGGAGAUCAAAUACUUUAAAGAAAGUUUCAUCGAAGUGUUCCAAAACUUCACAAUUCUGCAACACAGAAUUUUAGAAGUUUUGGCACUUUCGCUGAAUCUGGAAAGGGAGUUCUUCAAGAAGCACCAUCGUACAUUAGAUAAGAAAAGUGCGACUUGUAUACGUGCAGCAUUUUACCCAAAGAUGCCAGAUGACUUUAAGAAAACCAAUGGUCAAGUUAGAUGUGCAGAACAUAUAGAUUAUGGAGCUCUGACCUUUAUCCACCAAGAUAAUGUGGGAGGUCUACAGGUUAAGACUAAAUCUUGCAAGUGGAUUGAUUUGAAGUCAAAAGAUGGCGCUCUAGUAGUGCUCCUUGGAGAUCUAAUGCAAAGAUGGACGUCAGAUAAAUUUUAUGCUCCCCCGCACAGAGUUUUGAAGUUACCAGAUGAAACCGACGGUUUCAUUGGCGCAAAUAGGUCGAGGUUAAGUCUGAUCUAUUUUGGAAGUCCAGACGCUGAUACAUUGGUACAAGGGAUUGAAGGAUCAAAAUAUGAGCCUAUUAUUGCAUCCCAUCACUAUGAACGGAGGACUGAACGGGCCAGUAGAGAAGGUUAUAAAGGGACGUAUCAAGAGCUGCUGAAAACACAAUAAUGCAAAAACAUACAGAACACUUCCUCAACACUACACAACCUUUUCGUUACUUUAACUGGUUUUAUAGUCUAUAAGUAUUUUAGAUGAUAUCACAUUAUGAUAGAGAUAAGAUGACACGAUUAAUUGAGUAAAGUGGAUAUAAUGAGAAAACAUGUUUAACAUGUGUA